UUUCUAUGACCUUAUUUCAGAAAAUCCAGUCUUUCUCUCUUCUCUACAAAAUAUUGUCUGUAAAAUGGCCUUGGCAACAAGCACAGCAACUCUAACAACCAAAACCUCAUCUCUCCCAAAACCCUACCAAUCUACCACAACAUUCAAUCUCUCUCCUCAUUUUCCUUCCAAAUCCCUAAAAUUUCCCCCAAUUCGACAUUCAAUUUGUUGUGUCAUGGCCCCAGAUAUGCCUUCUAAGGCCGAGGAUAGAGAUUUGAGCGUCCUUCAACGACCUGAUUCUUUCGGAAGAUUUGGUAAAUAUGGCGGAAAAUAUGUUCCUGAAACCCUAAUGUACGCUCUUUCCGAGCUCGAAUCCGCUUUUCGCUCUUUAUCCAAAGAUGACGAUUUUCAGAAAGAACUAGAUGGCAUUUUGAGAGAUUAUGUAGGGAGAGAAACCCCUCUAUAUUUUGCAGAACGCCUUACCGAGCAUUACAAGCUUGCUAAUGGUCAAGGGCCUGACAUUUAUUUAAAGAGGGAAGAUCUGAACCAUACUGGUGCUCACAAAAUUAAUAAUGCUAUUGGUCAAGCUUUGCUUGCCAAGAGAUUGGGAAAAAAACGUAUCAUUGCUGAAACUGGAGCUGGUCAACAUGGAGUUGCAACUGCUACCGUGUGUGCUAGGUUUGGUUUGCAAUGUAUCAUUUACAUGGGGGCACAAGACAUGGAAAGGCAAGCUUUAAAUGUUUUCAGAAUGCGUCUUCUCGGUGCCGAGGUUAGACCUGUCCAUUCUGGCACAGCCACUCUAAAGGAUGCUACAUCUGAAGCUAUAAGGGAUUGGGUAACCAACGUGGAGACAACUCAUUAUAUUUUGGGGUCUGCUGCUGGCCCUCAUCCAUACCCUAUGAUGGUCCGAGAUUUCCAUGCAGUCAUUGGUAAAGAAACUAGGAAACAGGCAUUGGAGAAAUGGGGUGGCAAGCCGGAUGUGCUACUUGCUUGUGUUGGAGGAGGUUCAAAUGCAAUGGGACUUUUCCAUGAGUUUGUUGAGGAGAAAGAAGUUAGGUUGAUUGGUGUCGAGGCUGCUGGGUUCGGGUUAGAUAGUGGCAAGCAUGCAGCUACUUUGACUAAAGGGGAGGUUGGAGUGCUGCAUGGGGCAAUGAGCUAUCUAUUGCAGGAUGAUGAUGGGCAGAUAGUAGAGCCUCAUUCAAUUAGUGCAGGUUUGGACUAUCCGGGAGUUGGACCUGAACAUAGCUAUCUGAAAGACCUGGGACGUGCUGAGUACUUCAGUGUCACUGACGAAGAGGCAUUGGAAGCAUUCAAGAGAUUAUCUCGAUUAGAAGGCAUUAUUCCUGCUCUGGAGACAUCUCAUGCGCUAGCGUUUUUGGAGAAACUGUGUCCUACUCUUCCGAAUGGCACCAAGUUAGUUAUCAAUUGCAGCGGCAGAGGGGAUAAGGAUGUACAAACGGCGAUCAAGCACUUGAAGAUGUGAUGUCAGACUGGGUGUAUUCUGAGUAAAAGAAUUAAGUUGUAAUAGUAAUCUUGUAUUGUGGCUGUGGUUGUCUAAGCUGCCGACCAUGUUUAUGCUCAAAUAACAUCUAAAAUCACACACAGGAACUGUAAUUGUAGAUUAUAACUUUGUUUUUUCGCCAUCAUUUCGUAAUAAUAAAAGUCUGGAGCAAGGCCAA